AGUCGAUCCAUCAGACCAGGUAGGUAGGUACCUAUCUAGGUAAUCUACUGCAAGACCGAAAAUGGAAUCUCCAUCGAAACACAAACUCAUCUUCUCUGCGUUGCUUCCAUGCGUGAUUCCUUUGCAGUGAACGGGAUUGUCACACCCCAAAAUGUCGUAUUCAUCUUCCUCAGGCCAUCUCCGCUUGGCCCCCCUUGCGACGUUGCUCUGCCUGAAACUUCCAUGUCUGCUCAUAGUUUGCUUCUUCUCACCAGGCACGAAAGACGGGUUCCUGCUGGCAUCAACUCUUUUGUUUGUUGCUUCUUCCCCGGGUGAGAGGGCAAACGACGAUGCACAACGGGUUCCGACUCUUUUCUGGCGCCAUUUUCCCUUGACCUCCUUCCUCUCUUUUUGUCGUUGCUCUUGUUGAAGAAAGUGCUUCCUUCCCACGAUUGACUCACUCACUUGGUAUUCCUGUGCCCCAUCUACUGUCUUUUAAAUAUCCCAACCAUAGCUCCGUAACUUUGGUACCAAAGCAUUUUGGACCGAGCACCCACAUCGUCACGCCAUCACGACAUUUCACAAGUCAGUCAAUCGAAUUAGACACAACAGACUAUAUCUUCCUCCCUUACUGUUUAUACCCGCAAAACAGCAACAUUAAAUCUCUCGCUACAACCCCAUAAAUACUCAACUUAAUGCAAAAACACCCCCUCUCAUCCCGCUCCAAUACCGCAGAUAUGUCCAACGACCAGCUGGGACCCAAGGUACGCCUAUGGGGCAUCGCCGACCGCAUCGCCUUUGAACAGCACCCGGAUCAGCACGUCCCCCCUCUCGUCAGCCACAUUGUGACCGAGGCCGCCCGCUUCAUCAACACUGCGGCGCCCAAGGAUUCCACCACACCGAUGCUGUUCAAGCACAAGUCCCGCAAGACGCCAGCCGGGAGCACCGCCCCGGUCUCUGUGUCGACCCGCUCCAUUCCCAAGGCCGUCCUGGACCGCAUUCACCGUGAGAACCCCUCGGUCGACCGCCGUGGCGUCAAGUCGGAGACGUGGGUGUGCCGCCGCUCGGUGCACGAGGACUUGUCCAUCCGCGGCACCGCCUCGUGGGCCGAGUUCCGCGACUGCCUCAAGGACCGCCAUGCCGAGACGGAAAAGGCCUUCACCCCGACCAUGGUAGCACAUCAAACAGUCCAGGAGCACCUGGUCGUGCGCGACAUGGAGCCUGUCUCGGUCGACGGCUUGCGCUAUGGCGACUUUACCUGCGCCACCGAGGGGGUACGCCACAAAGUCGCCCCCUGCAUCCUGCAGGACCGUGUCUUCUUUGUGCUGCAGAUCACGUGCAGCGUCCUCGACGAGGAAAACGCCACCACGGCCGCCCACGAGUUCCUUGUCGUCAACAUACCCAUGGCCGAUCACCCGGAUUCGCUCGAUCCCCAAGCCCUGUACCGGGGCGCCACCCUUGGUGCCUAUGCCAGCGUCGAGCGUAUCCGUAUCCUGCCAGCCGGUCACGAGGACGCUGGCAAGAUCGAGUGGAUUAUGGCCACGGCGUCUGACGCCAAGGGGAUCCUGCCGCGCUUCGCUCAGGACCUCGCCGUUCCCGACCAGAUUGUAAAGGACGUGCCCCUGUUUUUUGACUGGAUUGACAGCCAGAGGGCUCCAGGGGCUCCCGAGGAACCCAUGUCGGAGGAGUUGUCCGAGCCGCCUCGGUAAAUGAGGCCAUGGCAAGCUGUUUUAGAUCGGCCUAUACUUGCUUUCCUGUGUGGUUCGCUCUGAUAGUUUCUCUGUCUGUCACUGUUGUUAAUCCUUAUUUUCUUCUUGUCCUUACCGUUUUCUUAAUCAUUCCGCAUCGGUGUUGAUAGGGCUUCAAAAGUAACAUAGCAUCCACAAUCCAUGUGUUUACUUCUUUUCUCUGUUUUGUUUUGUGGUAUGGUAUCGUGGGUAGUUUGAUUUCGGUAUGAUGGUGGUAUUGAGGAAUGCAGUAUGAAGUUUGACCUCUAGGUUGAAUGAUUUCCCAUAAAUCACCACAAGCUUACCACAACAUGUGACCAGCCUCUUAAAGUUGUUUGUGUGUCUCUAGUGAUAAUCAGUAUUAUCAGUUGAUCUAAAUUACCUCCACUACCCUUUGUAUGGGCAAGUAUCACAAGAAAAG